AUGUUUCCUCCUCCCGCCGUUUUUCCCUUCACAGUUUGCAGGAGUCUAUUCUGAGCCACGUGCAGCGGAUCGUCAAAGGGGAGGUGAGCCUGGCGAUGAAGGAGCAGCAGGCGGUGGUCACCUCCAGCAUCAUGCAGGCGAUGAGGUCAGCGGCCGGCACGCCCGUCCCCACGGCUCACCUCGACUACCAGACGCAGCAGGCCAACAUCCUGCAGCUCCUCCAGCAGGGCCAGCUGAACCAGGCUUUCCAGCAGGCUCUGUCGGCCACAGAUCUGAACCUGGUCCUGUAUGUGUGCGAGACCAUCGACUCUCAGCAGGUGUUCGGUCAGCACCCGUGUCCUCUCAGCCAGCCCGUGCUGCUGUCGCUCAUCCAGCAGCUCGCCUCCAACCUCACCACCCGCUCUGAGCUCAAAAUCAGGUGAGGUAAUUUUCUCUUUCACUAAUGUGCAUCCAACGUUAUUCCAGAGUAAACGUUCGGUGUGUAAUAUGUAGACGAACACAAUGAAAGUCAAAGCACAGCAGACCCGGUGUGGGCGUGACAAUGUGUGAACCUCCAUGACCAUAUAUUGAGAUAUCUCAGAAUAAUGUUGUUAGUAAGCAGAAGGCUUGCCAACACUUCACUUGCAGUGGGACAGGAACAUAUUAAUGGAAUUGGUUGAAUUAGUUCAGUUCAGGCAUUAAACCAGCCCAACUAAACUAUAAGAAGUCUGUGCGACUGCAAAAGCACAUUUUAAAAACAAACCAAAAUCUUCUCAUGUUUGUGAAGCCAGUAAUAAUAGAAGGAUGAUGACCUCGAAUUACAACAGUCUUUGAAAUUGGUCCAGUAUUUGAGGGAGAACGCUGCAGCGGGCAGAUGCUAAACGGGUUGCAAUGUAAUCACAUCACACCGCCCGAUGUACGUCAGUGGAAAGUGUUCUUGUUGUUAUUAUAGUGUGGGACAACAUUAUGGAAAGGACCAUACGGAGACAUAAAACGCUUGCUUGAAACAAUUACAGAAUUAUUGAUACUCUGCUCGGUAAAUCUCCUCACACCACUGUAGUUUGAUGUAAGGCCUGUCUUGCUACGCAGCAGGCAUAGGCAUUAAUCAAAAAAAAAAAUAACUGUGAGCUGCAUGAGCUCACUUCUUCUCAAAAUGUCUUAGACUUCUCCCCCACACAAGCUGGAUCCCGUCUAUCAGCCUAAACUCUCAACUCUCAUCUCCAUCGCACGUCCAUUAUUCCUCGUCUCCUGAGUGCUAAGCGGCGCUAAACUGCUGACCCCAUCACACUGCUC